AUGACAAACGUAAUUAAUCAUCCUCGGCAGAUAUUUCAAUCGAACGAAGUGUGCACCGCAAAGACAGUGUACAACGUACAGCAUUUGGUGGGCUCCGGUCGUUUUUCACGCGUUUUCCACGCCAUUGACUCGACCACGGGCCAAGCCGUAGUCAUCAAAGCUUUGGUGUUGAAAGAACAGAAUUCCGCCCUGGACCAUUAUCAGUUUUUGAAAGAAGUGGAAAUCAUGAAACGAUUGAACCGGUGCUCGUUACGGUCGCGAUACGCCAGACUGAUCGAUACCGUCCAAUUGCAGACGGGAGUCAAUUGUCUCAUCAUUGAAAGGCUGGGCACUACUUUGCAAGCGGUUCUGCACAACGUGGGCGCACUUCCCAUGUCCGUGUGUAGGACGGUGGUCAGGCAAAUCGCACAAGGUUUGGUUGGCUUGAAGAGCAUGGGAAUAGUGCACGCUGAUCUCAAACCGGAUAACAUAAUGUUUUGCGCGAGCAUAUGCAACAAUUAUUUGGUAAAAAUAAUCGAUUUCGGAUGGGCGUUUCAAAUGAAAGACGCGAAAAAAAUGCUCUUCAAAAAACUCCAAGCGCUCUCGUAUCGCGCCCCCGAAGUGUGCUUUUGCGGCCAAUUGGAUCACGCUCUGGACAUAUGGGCGUUGGGAUGUAUCAUGCCUGAAAUCGUGACCGGCGUCAAGUUAUUCGAGGUGACCGACGAGGAGCAUCUUAUGAGAGUCAUAACCACUGUGCUUCCCGUGCCCGACUACUUAAGUUCCGACACACCCGAUCGGAAUUUCCACGCACAUCAGCUGUCCAGAGGUUGGCAACGAUUUAAAUGUUUCAGCACGGGCUUUGCACACGUGCAAAACCGCGAAGACGCCGAAUGGUUCACCGACUUAGUAAUGAAAAUGCUGUCGGCGAUGCCGGACCAACGGAUAACGGCUGCCGAAGCGCUGUCGCAUCCGUUCCUUACCAUGAGACACUUCAUCAAGUAUCCCAACAGCAGCGUCACCAAGAGUAACGUGGAAAUCAUGACAAAGUGUAGCGUCGACAUAGGCUAG